AUCAGCGCGCGUGCGCUGUCGCUUCUACCUGCCCCUCGGAACUCUUCUGAAGCGUAGCGACUGCUUCCCCCUAGGCCCAUUGACUUGUGGUUCCGCGGGCUGCCCCGUUGCCCCGGCGACGGCGGCCAGGCGCGGCGUCCUCUUCGCUUUGCCGGGGCCCGCGGGUAGUUAGACGGUGAAAAAGCAGUCUGGCUCCCGAGAUCCACCCCCUGCACCCCAGGGUCCACAUGGCGGCCAACGUGGGUGACCAGCGUAGCACAGAUUGGUCUUCUCAGUACAGCAUGGUGGCUGGGACUGGCAGAGAGAAUGGCAUGGAGACGCCCAUGCAUGAGAACCCCGAGUGGGAGAAGGCCCGCCAGGCCCUGGCCAGCAUCAGCAAAGCAGGAGCUGCUGGUAGCUCGAAGGCCAGCAGCAAUGGCCCUGUGGCCAGUGCACAAUAUGUGUCUCAGGCAGAGGCCUCGGCUCUGCAGCAGCAGCAGCAGUACUACCAGUGGUACCAGCAGUACAACUACGCGUAUCCCUACAGCUACUAUUAUCCCAUGAGCAUGUACCAGGGCUAUGGCUCCCCCUCCCAGUAUGGGAUGGCCGGCUCCUACGGCUCAGCCACCCCCCAGCAGCCUUCAGCACCCCAGCACCAAGGGACUCUGAACCAGCCCCCAGUCCCCGGCAUGGACGAGAGCAUGGCUUACCAGGCCUCUCCACAGCAGCUGCCAGCAGCCCAGCCCCCUCAGCCUGCAAACCCCCCGCACGGGGCCCAUGCUCUGAGCAAUGGGCCCCAGCCUGGAACAGCACCUGCAACGCAGCACAGCCAGGCGGGCCCCCCUGCAGGCCAGGCCUAUGGGCCGCACACCUACCCCGAGCCUGCAAAGCCCAAGAAGGGCCAGCAACUGUGGAACCGCAUGAAGCCGGCCCCCGGAACAGGGGGUCUCAAGUUUAACAUUCAGAAGCGACCCUUUGCUGUCACCAGCCAGAGCUUUGGCUCCAGUGCAGAGGGCCAGCACAGCAGCUUCGGCCCCCAACCCAACCCGGAGAAAGCCCAGAGCCACAGCGGACCUUCCCCUCGGGGGAACCUAUCUGGGAAGCCUGACGAUUGGCCGCAGGACAUGAAGGAGUAUGUGGAGCGUUGCUUCACAGCCUGCGAGUCGGAGGAGGAUAAGGACCGGACGGAGAAGCUACUCAAGGAGGUUCUGCAGGCUCGGCUGCAGGAUGGCUCUGCCUACACUAUCGACUGGAGCCGCGAGCCUCUGCCGGGAGAACCCUGGGGUUGCUCCCUCUCCUGCACUGCAGCAGCCGAGUCAUUGGGGCUGACCAGGGAGCCUGUGGCUGAGAGCCCCAAGAAGAAGCGGUGGGAGGCCCCUAGCAGCCUUCACCCUCCCAGGGGGGCAGGCUCAGUGACCAGGGGCGGGGGUGCCCAGUCCCAGCGAGGGACGCCAGGGGCUGGGGGUGCUGGCCGAGCCCGGGGCAGCAGCUUCGCCAAGUUCGGCAACCGAAAUGUCUUCAUGAAGGACAACAGCUCUUCCUCCAGCACGGACUCGCGCUCCCGCUCCUCCUCUAGAUCGCCUACGCGCCACUUUCGGAGAAGUGACUCCCACUCAGACUCCGACAGCUCCUACUCAGGGAAUGAGUGUCACCCUGUGGCCCGCAGGAACCCGCCCCCCAAGGGCCGAGGGGGUCGGGGGGCCCACAUGGACCGCGGCCGAGGCAGGGCACAGCGGGGAAAGAGACAUGAUCUGGCUUCCACCAAGCGUAGCCGCAAGAAGAUGGCAGCGCUGGAGUGUGAGGAUCCAGAGCGUGAGCUGAAGAAGCAGAAGCGCGCCGCUCGCUUCCAGCAUGGGCACUCCCGCCGCCUUCGCCUCGAGCCCCUGGUGCUGCAGAUGAGCAAUUUAGACAGUGGCGGGGCUGACCCCGACUGGCAGGAGCUGCAGAUUGUGGGCACCUGCCCAGACAUCACCAAGCACUACCUGCGCCUCACCUGUGCCCCUGACCCUUCCACUGUGCGCCCUGUGACAGUCCUAAAGAAGUCCCUGUGCAUGGUCAAGUCCCACUGGAAGGAGAAGCAGGACUAUGCCUUUGCCUGCGAGCAGAUGAAGUCCAUUCGGCAGGAUCUGACGGUACAAGGUGUCCGAACCGAGUUCACUGUGGAGGUGUAUGAGACCCAUGCCCGCAUUGCCUUGGAGAAGGGUGACCACGAAGAGUUCAACCAGUGCCAGACACAGCUGAAGUCUCUGUACGCAGAGAACUUGUCAGGCAACGUGGGUGAAUUCACUGCCUAUCGGAUCCUCUACUACAUCUUCACCAAGAACUCAGGAGACAUCACCACGGAGCUGGCCUACCUCACACGGGAGCUGAAGGCAGACCCUUGUGUGGCCCACGCGUUGGCAUUGCGGGCAGCCUGGGCCCUGGGCAAUUACCACCGCUUCUUCCGGCUCUACUGCCAUGCACCUUGCAUGUCCGGCUACCUCGUGGACAAGUUUGCAGACCGGGAGCGCAAGACCGCCCUCAAGGCAAUGAUCAAAACGUAUGUGGCACCGUGCUGUGGCUCUGCCACGCCUCCCACCCUCCCCAUGCUCCUGGCGGCCUGGGGCCUUCUGCCCUCCUGCUGGAGUCCUCCUGUGCCCUCGGUUACCUGCCCUUUUACUGUCCUCCCUUCCAGGUCCCCUUUUCUGGCUGACCUCCCCGCUUUCUGUCCUCCAUGCUCCUGGUCCCUUCUGUCCUCCAGCUCAUGUCUGCGGGGAUCUGGCUCAGCUGGGCUGUGUCGCCCCCUGCAGGCCCCCGCCUGCCUGUUGCAAUUCCUCAGUGCCCCCACACUAGAGAAACUUGGAGAACUCAGCCUGCCCUUGCAGUUUUGGUCUUUAGCCAAGGCCCAGUUCCCAUUCAGCCCCUUGGGGAGUGGCAGAAGUGCUGAGGGACUGCAGGGCUGGGGGCUGGUGGUUGAGGCGUGGACCUUAGUUCUCUAUUCCAGUGGAAAUGGCCCCAGGGACAAUGGGACCACACACACAGUUGAUUAUCAUGUGAGGGGUAUGCUGCAGGCGUCCAGCAGGCAUCCAGCACCCCAGGACCCCAGAUGUCAGCUUGCUCAGGCUGAGACAUCCUGGUCUGCCCAAUGGCAGAAGGGCUGUAGGGAGCCAAGGGAGGUCUGUGGCAGAGGGUAGGACUCGGCUGAAGGCUGCGAACCCAGGCUGCCACUCCAGCCAGACAGGGAGAGGCUGUACCAGGUUGAGCCCGUGGCACAGGAUCCCUGGUUGGCGGGGAGGGAAGGGGUGGAGCCGCACAGCCCUCAGGUUGGUGCUGCACCGGGCACACCCUAGGGCAAUGGUUACACGUCCGUUCCUUUUGUGUUACUGGCUAUUUCUGACCUCCCUUUUGUGCCUCUGGGAGGCUGGCCUGGCCUUUAGCAGGUGAGACCCUCUCAGAUCUCAGAACUGUUCAUAACGAGGCAGGAAGCCAGCCCCAGUGGCAGAAAGGUGGCACCAGGGUCAGGACAGGCUUUGCAGGCAGCACUUGGUGGGAGUACAGCCCAAGCCAGUGCAGGGAGCAGCUCUGCAACCUGUAGGGAGGCCCCAAGUCAGCAGGAUGCUGUUCAGACAGCUGUCUCCUGCACAGUGCCUAGGUGCCAGCUGACACGCCUGUGCCUGGGGCACUUUGGCCCCGCAGGCAGCUGGCCCUGCCCUCUGCCCACACCGAUCCCUCCUCGGGGGGGUCUGGCUCCAGCCCCUCCACUCCUGUUCCCUCUCCUUUCUGGACAGGUAAGUGCAGGUGAGGGGGGUACAGCUGGGGACUGGGGCCUCCAGCCUGACUCGGGGCCCCUCGAGCCCCGGGGGAGGUCGGGAGGCUGGGGCCGACAGCAGGGGCCAUACUCAGGAAACCCGUGGGUGCCGAGGGGGACACCGCUCCCCGCUCGGGCCGCGCCCUCCACCCGCUUCAGCCCUCUCUCCUCUUGUCUCCGUAGCUUCCGCCCUGCGCUGCCCGUCUCCUACCUGCAGGCCGAGCUGGCCUUCGAGGGCGAGGCCGCCUGCCGGGCCUUCCUAGAGCCCCUGGGCCUGGCCUACACGGGCCCCGACAACUCCAGCAUCGACUGCCGCCUCAGCCUGGCGCAGCUGCCAGCCUUCUGAGCACCAGCGCCCGGGCAGGCGCCCGGCG